GGGGAAGCCUCUCCCACACAGCAGCUUGGGUGCCGGCGCUUGCUCCCCAGCUGUUCCUAGGCCGGCGGCGAGGGUCCGGGACGGAGCGACCGAUCCCCGCUCCCGCAGGCCCGGCCUGCCGUCCUCGCCGAGUCGGUCGGUGCUCCCGUCGGGCCGGCAGGCUGGCUAGUAGCUUCCGGGCGGGUGCCCGCGCUCCUGACUGACAGGCGCCGUCCCCACAGCCCGCGCCACCCGCCACGUCCCCGCUCUCGGCCGGCACACGGCGUGGCUGCCACCGACCUCUCGGAACCCAGCGCGAUGCGGGUUCCCGGCUUCUUCGGAGCCGCGCGGAUACCCCAGCGCCGGCGCCCGGGGCCGCUGUCGUCCUCCGCUUGGCCGCUGCUGCUGUUCCUGCUGGCGGCCGCGGGGCCGGUGCGCGCCUGGGAGAGCGCAGACCUGGAGUUGUUCGACUUGGUGGAGGAGGUGCAGCUGAACUUCUACGAGUUCCUCGGGGUGCAGCAGGAUGCUUCAUCUGCAGACAUCAGAAAAGCAUAUCGUAAGCUUUCACUAACCUUACAUCCAGACAAGAAUAAAGAUGAAAAUGCAGAAACUCAGUUUAGACAAUUGGUGGCCAUUUAUGAAGUUUUAAAGGAUGAUGAAAGAAGGCAGAGGUAUGAUGAUAUUCUAAUCAAUGGACUUCCAGAUUGGCGACAGCCAGUAUUCUACUACAGGCGAGUGAGAAAAAUGAGCAAUGCUGAGCUAGCACUACUCCUGUUCAUUAUUCUCACAGUGGGUCAUUAUGCUGUGGUUUGGUCAAUCUACCUGGAAAAACAACUGGAUGAACUGCUUGGUAGAAAAAAGAGAGAAAAGAAGAAGAAGACAGGAAGCAAGAGUAUGGAUGCAGCAAAACUUGGUACUUCUGAAAAAAAUGAAAGAUUGCUAGUAAAACCACAAUGGCAUGAUUUGCUUCCAUGCAAACUGGGAAUUUGGUUUUGCCUUACACUAAAAGCAUUGCCUCAUCUAAUCCAGGAUGCUGGGCAGUUUUAUGCAAAAUACAAGGAGACAAAAUUGAAAGAAAAAGAAGAAGCAUUGGCUAGAACUGAAAUUGAAACUCUUCAAAAACAGAAGAAAGUUAAAGUUAAAAAACCAAAACCAGAAUUUCCUGUAUAUAUGCCUUUAGAAAAUACCUAUAUUCAGUCUUAUGAUCAUGGAACUUCUAUUGAACAAAUAGAGGAGCAAAUUGAUGAUUGGCUGGAAACCAGGAGCAGAACACAGAAAAAGCAGGCACCUGAAUGGACAGAAGAGGACCUCAACCAGCUGACAAGAAGUAUGGUUAAGUUCCCAGGAGGGACCCCAGGUCGAUGGGAAAAGAUUGCCCACGAAUUGGGUCGAUCUGUGGCAGAUGUGACAACCAAAGUCAAGGAACUGAAGGACUCAGUCACCUGCUCCCCAGGAAUGGUCAGGCUCUCAGAACUUAAGUCAAAUGUUCAGAAUUCCAGGCCACUCAAGACAGCCACAACCUUGCCAGAUGAUAUCAUCACCCAGCGGGAAGACUCAGCAGGGGCCAUGGAGGAUGAGGGACAAGAGACUGCUGAGGGUGAGCCGGAGACAGUGGCCACAGAAGCCCCGCUUCGGAGGCGGAAGUCAGCAAGAAUGGCCGAGGCAGUGACCAGAGUGGAGUCAGAGGAGAAGCCAAGAGGAAAGAGGCAAAAAGACUUUGAUAUUUCAGAACACAACGAAUCCAGUGAUGAAGAGAACCAGAGACAAGAAAGAACUCGUGCUACAGAGCAGGCCUGGACUCAGAGUCAGCAGAAACUUCUAGAACUGGCAUUACAGCAGUACCCAAAAGGAGCCUCUGACCGCUGGGACAAAAUAGCCAAAUGUGUCCCCUCUAAGAGUAAGACUAGAUCUCAAUGAACCCAGCAGAGCCCUGAACCUGGGUAACCGUGAAUUCUGAUGACUUUGAACUCCUGAAGCUCCUGCCUCUACCUCGACAGUGCUGGGGUUACAGGCCUGUGCAACAGCUAAAGGAUACUUCAUCUUAAGACCCUCCUGGAAGUCAGAGUCUCUGAAACUGUCCACAGAGCUAUGGGGAGUGUCCCUUCCUUUCGUUGGGUGACAGUAACAACUGGGCGAACAGGCUACAGAUCCUAGAGUUAUCAGGACUGCCACCAGACAUGGCCUUCCCAUUUUGGAUGAAUGUUAGCCUGCAUGGAUGUACAUGUACCAUCUGCAGGCAUUGUGGCCAGAGGUCAAGAGGGUGCCAAACACCUGGAAGUAGAGUUACAGAUAGGUGAAUCACCACGUGUGUGCUGAGAAGUGAACCUGGGUCCUCUGCAGAAGCAGCUAAGGUUGGGUUAGCAGAUGCAAAUCACCAUAUCUGGUAAUAGAAAAGAUCUCUCUCUCCCUCUCUCCCCCUCCCCCUCCUCUCCUCUUCUCUCGGUUUUUCAAGACAGGAUUUCUCAGUAGCUAUGGAGCCAGUCCAUGAACUUGCUCUGCAGACCAGACUGGCUUUGAACUCCCAGAGAUUCACCUGCCUCUGCCUUCCAAGCACCACCACCGCCUGACUAGAAAAGGCUUCUAAAGUCAAUUUUUCAUUUGUCUCUUUCCAUAAACCUAACAGUCAGUCCAUAAUAAAGUUGGGAGCUCAGGGAUGGAUAUUUAAGUCACAUAGCACCACAUAAACCAGCUGGGACAGCACAUACCUGCAACCCUACCACCAAGGAAGCAAAGUCAAAAAGGAUCACAAGUUCAAGACCAUCCUUAGUUGCAUACUGAGUUGACCAGAGUACAUAAGUAUGCCCCCUCCAUGCCCCUCCCCGCACCAUCUCAACUAAAACAAAAUAGGAAUCUAGGAUCAGAUUUUUCUAUUCAUUCAGCUCUCAUAUUCCUCUACAUUCUGAUGCAUCCUUGACCCAAAGGUCAUUAAACACAUCUGCUUCUCUUUCAGAGAAUGCCCUAGUUUACUCUGAACAAGUGAACUUAAUCGUAUCAAGUGUGCACACUGCUUUAUUAAUAUGCUUUAAUAAACCACCUCCUCUGGCGUGGAUUCUCCUUCCUCUUACUGUGGACACGCCCCCCCUUCUCUUCUCAGCCAUUACCUGCCAUCUCCAGACACAGCUCCUCUGCUCCACGGUGUUCUACAGCCUACCCCAAGAAGCAGGACAGCUCCAAGAUGGUGCUGUGCUGACACUUGCGACAGACACAGCCGCAGUUCUGGGGAGCACUGCACACAUGCAGGGGCAUGGCUUCAGGAGAGUCGCCUCUCAGAGAAAGAUGGGCAUGGGGCUAUAAACAUCAUUAAAUUUUAUUAACAAAAACUUUGUACAUUUUAAUACAUGUGGAAUUUUACAUCUAAGUAAAAUAACAGCACAUUCGAAAUUUACCAUUUAUACAAAUUGUUACAGAAUAACAACCAGUGGGUUAAAUCAGUAAAAUAAACCACACUGAUUCUUUUAAAUUAUCUACAAAAGGUUUGACUUUCUUUAAAAUUCCCCUGAACAUAUAAAAAUAAAUUAAUUUUACUUUUCAAUUAAUCUACCAAUUAGAAAUAUUACAAAUCAAAAUAUCAAGGUUAUCUUAUGAAUUUUCACAUUACAAAACAGAUUCACAAACAGUAUUUACAGCAGUGAGGUAAGAGCUGUGCAGCGUCACCAGGAGACGGGCUGCAGUGCGAGCUUGUUCUUCCAGCUAAGCACACAGUGGAGGUCGAACUGCAGCUGGGUCUUUUCCACUAGGAAGUCAUGCAUUUCAGAAAUAGAUCAAUGGUUAUAUCCCCAACUGUUUAACCUACAGGUCCGCCAUAUUGUUUGUCACAAUCAAGAGUGUGACUACCCAAAGUCAAAUGGCUGUGAGACAGGUAGGUCUUAGGAACUGUGGUGGCCCGUCUGUUCCAAUGGGCAGUUCUGAGAGGCUGAUAAUAUACAGUCUCCCCAAAUCCACUUGUUUCCUUGUAGUCAUUAGUGGACAAAUACCCAGGUAAUAGUUUGCAUGAGCUCUCAACAGUGGCAUAGAGUUUCAACAAAGGCAGAAGCAUGGGGAAGGCUGCUGGCACAAGUGGCCUUCCCUGCUGUCUAGAGCCCUUCAUCUGUGGAGGUCCCAACAGGCACUUGAUUAAGGCCAGACCCUACCAGCAGUUUCCACAUUGGUGUCUCUUUCUGAAACAAAAAUUACCCAUUUCCAAUUGAUCUGGUUCUCCCAGCAGUCUUACAACUCGCUUAACUCAAGAUCUCUUUAAAUAGAGUAGGUUUUAACACUAAGCUUUUUUUUUUUUUUUUGGCAAGAGAAAAUUACUGUCAGCAGAAGCAGGUGUCCCCAUCCUAAUUUGAUCACCGAAUGGACAAAUCUCAUUAGAAAGGAAUUUUUAGGACAUUUGCAAAGCCCCAGUUGAGGAUCUGUAUAAUCACAGUAGUUAAUGAAUACAACUCCAGGAGAAGAAAUUGGACAGUUCUUAAGACUUAAGUUCUGCCCCAUAGAACAAGCACACUCUGUCCCAAAUGAGAUCCCUAGUUCAUAUUCCACAACUUUUACAAUAAAACCAAGUGGUUUGCAAAUGAA